GAUAUCCAAUGCCACCAACUCAAUGCGCUUUGUUGUGCUUGUGGGACAGAAAGACGGAUACAAAAUAUUGUUGAACUUGUACCAAACAGCGCGCGUUAAGCGAAGUCACCGUUUUUACCGGACUCGGUAUAAUCAGUUUGACCGAUGUCGCGCGCGCAUAGUUAACGUCUUUCCGGGACGGAGUCCGCUGUCCAGAUUGGAGCGGAAGGAAUUCACUGGGAAGAAAGAGGAGGGGGGGGGGAGACGUUUCUGCUGGGAUGCCUCGCGCAAGUUGGAAAAAACAUGUCUUGUACGGGUCCGGCUGGAGUCGUGGCACUAAAAAACCUGACGUAUGUCUUCGUGUGACUGAAACCGAACUACAGGAACGUAUUUGACGGUGUUUUUUUGUUUUUUUUGUUAGCAGUUUUAACGUGCCAGUUUAGCGAGUUAGCCACGUUAGCUAACGUUACGCAGCCUCUAGUUGUGGGAAGACGUUUAAAAUGGCGGAGGGUUGGCCCGUUCCUCCGGCCCUUGUUAUCGUGCUGCUGAGUUUGAGUGCCCGGGCUCUGGGGUCUUGUCCUGCUCCGUGCUCGUGCUCGAAGGGACAAGAUGAAGUGCGGGUCCUGGACUGCAACAGGAAAAGGCUGUCGACGGCUCCCGUGGACCCACCGGACGAGAUAACCCAAGUCACCAUGAAUCACAACGAACUGACCGUUGUCCCCUUUCUUGGAGAUGUGUCCUCAAAUAUCACCUCGCUUUCACUAGUGCACAAUCGGAUCUCAGAACUUUUGAUGCAUCAGCUGCAGCCGUACGUUUCCUUGGAGACACUGGACCUGACAUCCAACUCGAUCUCCGAGCUCAGAGUCGGAUCUUUCCCCUCCAUGCAGCUGAAAUAUCUGAAUUUGAGUAAUAACAAGAUCAGCUUCCUCGAGCCGGGCUGCUUUGAAAACAUCUCCAGCUCCCUGCUGGUGCUGAAGCUGAACAGGAACAGAUUAGCUGCGCUGCCAUCCAAAGUCUUCAAACUUCCGCAGCUUCAGUUCCUUGAAAUGAAGCGUAACAAGAUCAAGAUCGUGGACAGUCUGACAUUCAAAGGGAUGGAAUCGCUGAGGUCUCUGAAGAUGCAGAGGAACGGCAUCACUAAGCUCAUGGAUGGAGCCUUUUUUGGUCUUAACAACAUUGAAGAACUCGAGCUGGAGCACAACAACCUAACGGAGGUCAACAAAGGCUGGCUGUAUGGCCUGCGCAUGCUGCGCGUCCUGCGGGUCAGCCAGAAUGCUGUCGGCAUCAUCCGUCCAGACGCCUGGGAGUUCUGCCAAAAGCUGGAGGAACUAGACUUGUCCUUCAAUCAUCUGACUAGACUGGAGGAGACGGCUUUCGUGGGAUUGGGUCUCCUGGAGAGCCUGAACCUCGGAGAAAACUCCAUCAGCCACUUGGGAGAGGGUGUGUUCAGUGGCCUGGCAAGUCUGCGCACCCUAGAUAUCCGCAAUAAUGAAAUCUCCUGGGCCAUUGAAGACUCCAUUGGUUUGUUUGAUGGAAUGAAGAAGCUGAACACACUAAUCAUACAGCGGAACAAAAUCAAAUCAAUCACUAAGAAAGCGUUCGACGGCCUGGAGGAGCUGGAGCACCUGGACCUCAGCAAGAACGGCAUCAUGUCGAUCCACCCCGAGGCGUUGUCCCAUAUGAAGCUCAAAGUGUUCAUCCUGAACACGAGCAGCCUGCUGUGUGACUGUCACAUGCAGUGGCUCGGGCCCUGGCUGACUGUCAGCCAGUUCCAGCAGUCUGUGUCCGCUGUCUGUGCUCAUCCCGCCAGCCUCCUCGGCCACACUGUCCUGUCCGUCAGCCCGGAAGCGUUUGUUUGUGAUGAUUUCCCCAAGCCUCGGAUCACGAGUCACCCGGAGACGUACGUGGCGAUGCGGGGCAAUAACGUGACCCUGAGCUGCGUCGCGUCCAGCAGCAGCGAUUCGCCGAUGGCCACGGCGUGGCGGAAGGACGGGGAGGUGCUUUACGACGCGGAGGUGCAAAACUACGCCCAGUACCAGGAGGGAGAGCUGAUCUACACCACGGUGCUGCACCUCCUCAACGCCAACUUCACUGAUGAGGGGCGCUACCAGUGCGUGGUCUCCAAUCACUUCGGCUCCAACUACUCCAACAGGGCCAAGCUCACUGUGAAUGAGCUGCCAUCUUUUCUUAAAACUCCCAUGGAUCUCACGAUCCGAACUGGGACCAUGGCCAGGCUGGAGUGCGCUGCUGAAGGCCAUCCAUCGCCCCAGAUUGCUUGGCAGAAGGACGGAGGCACCGACUUUCCGGCCGCCCGGGAGCGCAGGAUGCACGUGAUGCCAGACGAUGACAUCUUCUUCAUCGCUAACGUGAAGACGGAAGACAUGGGCGUGUACAGCUGCACGGCUCAAAAUGCAGCUGGCAGCCUGUCUGCAAACGCUACUCUCACCGUCCUGGAAACUCCAUCCUUCAUGCGGCCGCUGGAAGACAGAACAGUGGCGCGCGGCGAAACCGCCGUGCUUCAGUGCAUCGCUGGAGGCAGCCCGGCCCCCCGCCUCAACUGGACCAAAGACGACGGGCCUCUGCUACUCACCGAGCGCCACUUCUUCGCCGCGGCCAACCAGCUCCUCAUCAUAGUGGACGCCGGUCCCGCCGAUGCCGGGAAGUACACCUGCAUCAUGUCUAACACUCUGGGAACAGAACGCGGCCACAUCUACUUGAGCGUCUCGCCAUCGCCCAACUGCGAUAUCGGCACGGGAUACGACCAGGACGGCUGGACCACCGUGGGCAUCGUGGUGAUCGUGGUGGUGUGUUGUGUGGUUGGCACCUCGCUGGUCUGGGUCAUCGUCAUCUAUCACAUGCGCAGGAAAAGCGAGGACUACAGUAUCAGCAACACAGAUGAGAUGAAUUUGCCAGCAGACAUCCCCAGCUACCUUUCCUCUCAGGGCACUCUGUCGGAGCCUCAGGAAGGCUACAGCAACUCUGAGGCCGGCAGCCACCAGCAGCUCAUGCCGCCCCUCUCCAAUGGAUACGUCCAUAAGGGCACAGAUGGUGUGUGUUAUGGAGACACGGCAAACGAGGUGGAAACUGAAGGGAACGGCGUGCUGCACUGCAGGGUCGGCUCUCUGUUCACCGGCCGGAGCAGCUUCCACCCCGGAGAGCCCCGUGAGGGAAUGGCUGGACUCCCCACAGGUGGCGGUCCGGGUCCGCUGGUCAUCUGCUCCGACUGCUACGACAACGCCAACAUCUACUCUCGCUCGCGGGAGUACUGCCCCUACGCCUAUCUGGGCGAGGACGACCCGCUGGACAAGACUCUGCCGGGCCCGAAGGAGGGCUUCGGCGAGCCGGCCCGGCACGAGGACGGGGCGCUGGAGAACCUCAUUAGCAACCUGGACUCCUCCUCCUCCUCCUCCACCUCCACCUCCUCCUCCUUCCUCACCUCGCAGCACACACGGCUGAGCGGCCACACUCCCCCGGAGCACUACGCUAACGAUUUCCUCAGCAGGUCCUUCUGGGGAGAAGGAGAAGGUCCGUCCACAAGACCCCAACCCGGCGCGUCACAGCACCCGGUGACGGUCCACAGGACGCCGCCUCUGACUUCCACCGCCGCGGAGGAGGAGCGGAGUGACGCCGAGGCGGACUGUUUUCCCAGCCAAUGCACACAGGACCACAGAAGUGCCUCUAAUAGGACUAACCCUCAGGAGCACCCUGCUCCCACAUAGGUCCUUGCACUACACCCCACCUUCUGCCUCUUGACUCCCCUUUGCCGCCCCGCCCCUUCACCCACUACCUCCAAAGAGACUCCUCCCAGUCUGCCAAAGAUAUGCUCUCUCGUAUGUUUACAUUCCCCUUUUCACUCGAGAGGACGUGCAAGCGUUCUCCACCGCGGAGAGGCCGCUGUGUCGGACCGGAGAAAUGGGCCAGGGGUUUGAUUUACCUCCUCCUCGACACCUCCACCUCUACAGGACCCUUUUUUUUUCUCUUCUCUUCUUUUUUUUUCUCCCACGUCCUCCUCUCUUCUUUGUUCUCUUUCUAGAGAAAAGCUAUGAAUGUAUGCUUUAAAGAGCCAUGACGGAUGCUGCCGCCGCGAGAGAACGUCAAGAUGCGGUUGAGUCUUUACAAGCUCCCUCCUCCUCCUCCUCCUCCUCCUCUUCCUUCUUCCUCCUCCUCCACCGUCCCCGCUGCUGGCAGUUUUUGUCUCGUCAUUCCCGGUACGGACACCCGUUGGAGCAGCUUACAUGACGAGAAAUGACAAAACCACCGAUUCCCGAGAAGGGCGGUUUAAACGGGUGACACUUGUAGUUCCCCGACCAGCAGUUCGUGGUUGUAAAUACGAGAAAGAACAUUGAAAACAUUCCCACAACCGAACUCAAACGAUGCUGUCCGCAGUGUUGUUCUGCAAACGCCAGAGACAUUGACACCAAAAUGCGGUGUAUAUUAUGAAUAUAUAUUCAUAUAUAUAUAUAUACAUAUAUAUAUGAAUAUGUAGCCUAUAUCAUCUUUAUCUGACCUUGUUUUUGUCCUACGUCAAUUGCUAAUUCCUUCAUUUCAUGUCUUUGUGAAUGACGAGCAGUUUAGGGAGAAAGCGUAACAUUUUUUUGCACAUGUGACAAUCAUGGUUUUGCUUUUCUACGGGUUGUCUAUUGGAUGGCCUUUUUAACAUUUAACAAGCAUUGUCAGUAACCUCUGUGUGUGUGUGUGUGUGAAAGAGACAGAGUGUGUGUGUGUGUAUAUGUGUAUAUAUAUAUAUAUAUAUAUAUAUAUAUAACACGUGUGUGUCUGUAUAUGUGCACAGUAUGCACUGAUUGCCCCCCCCCCUCUUAUCAUAUCUUACAGGCACUUGAUUUAAUGGUGGUAAACUUUAUUAUGCAGUGUGCAUGCCGUUUUAUCUCAAAACGUUCCUGAUCCUUCUGUAGAUAUUGAUUUUAUUCUAGGUUUUCACUUGGGACUGUGAAAACAAUGAGAGUGUAUUGUAUUAUUUUAUACAUAUAUUGUAUGUGUACAUAAGUCCGGUAAUCUAUUAAAUUCCGUGUCCGACUAGUCCGUUUGCAGAGAGAUUUUGAGACGCCAGCUGCAGUCGUCUUAAGCUCAUUCACGUUAAGCCCUUCUCGACUCGGCAUGCGUUACCUUUUUGUUCAGGUAACCAAACGCCUCCUCUCGAGAGGAGGUUAUUUAGCUCCUGACUGAAAGACGGUAAACAAGUAAGUUGCUUUGAAGAUUUGAACAUUAUAAAUGCCUCUCUUGUAGAACAACGUGGCCUUGGUUUUUAAUCGAGUUCGAUGAGUUUUCCUUCAGAGGAAAAAAAAAAAGAAGAAAAAAAAAAGAUUCCUCUUGAUUAUUGCACUUCAAAGUCAACGUCGGGUUUGACUCAUAAAACUCAAAUGAACACUCAGCUGCUGGUUCAUCCGGCUCACCGGGACUUUGGAGGAUGUAGCGUGUCUACUUUUGAAUUGACGGGUGCUUCAAUGAUGUUGUGUGCACCCAUUGAUGCCCGUGAGGGGAGGGAACCCCUUCCUCGAACGGGUUUUAACCAAACCUUCAUGAAGGUUGGAUUCAUUUCAGGACUGUGGCCUUAGUUUUAGCUCGGGGGAGGGGACCUAAUACACAGGCCGAGAGCGACUGUUUGUUUUUGUCAUUUCCAUUAUGAUGAUAAUCGGUACUGCGACAUUCUGCUCUUUUUGUUUUGGACCAAGCGAAGAUAUCCGAGUGUCGGAGCUAAUUAUUGAGUUCAGACAGUGUCAGUAAUAUUUUCUGACUAUUGGCCAAUUUCAUCACUCCCUUUUUUGAGCAAUUUUGAGACAUUUAAUUUAAGAACUUGCAGUGACAAGUCAUCCUAAUUGAGCUACCCGUCGAGGCGGGGUUGGCAUACAUCGAUUCACUGUUAAAUAUUUUCCGCCGACUCAGCAAAACAUAAUAUGCAUCAGCAUUGUUUUAUCCUCCAAACGUCCUUUUAUGACUUUAUACCAAAGUUAAGCAGUAAAUGCUCUGGCAAUAUCCAAUGCUGCUUUUUUUUUUUUUUUUAAUAAUUGUUUUGUCUCGUUUUGCAUUUUGUCUCUCAGUUGUAUUUUGUUGUUGUCCCUUGUUUACCUGUACAUCCUGUAAAGCAUGUCUAAAGUCUAAAGAGCCCUUUUUUUUUGUUACGGAGCAAUUACUCUGACAUUAAACAUGAAUUCUGAUAA